UCAUAGUUUUUGCAGCAUAUAUUGUUUUUGUUUUCUCAAUCUUCUCUUCUAUGAACUAGAAAUAAUCAUGGCCUUCAUUGCCUUCACUUUUGAUUGAAAAUGUGUGUCAGUGCACUGGAACCAAGCUCCCUUCACCGAGCUGUAUAUCCAGUACUAAUGUCAUAUUCCACACCUGAUAAACAAGCGUAUCCACGUCACUCGUUGAGUCGUGCAGCACUGAUAACAAGUGGCAGUCCAAUAUUUUUCCUUGAUGCCUUUACAACUCUAAUUGUGUUUUACUCUUCUACGGCGGAUCCAGCACUCCCUUUUCCUCCACCCCAUGAUUGUCUGUUGCGGACACUGAUCAACAAGCUGAAGCAGGAGAGAAGCAUCACUCCCAAACUCAUUUUUAUCCGGGGAGGGCAGGAAGAUGCCACAGUGUUUGAGAACUAUCUUAUUGAGGAACAGGACGUUGAUGGAAAUGGCUUCACCAGUGUCAUGGGUUUUGUUUCUUUCCUUGAAACAAUUAACCAAAGUGUUGCUGAAUACAUGAGAUAGAAGACAAAACCAGUACUCAGUUACAAAAAAUGGUUGGAGAAGAUAGGUUUUAGUUUUUGUUUAAGUAAGUAGAAAUAUAUAAUGAACUAGAUGGUUUAAAUGUGUCCAGCGGGAGAAGAUUGGUGAAGUUGAGCAGACAACUGUUGUUAAUGUCUGUCUGUGUAUUUGUUUUCAACCUGUAAGUUCCAUUGUAUUAAGUAGAGCAUAGAUCAGGAUUAGAGAUCAAAAUUUUUUCUUUUAAAGAGCACUGGAGACUUCAUGGGUUUCUUUCCUCUUUUAUUUUCUUUGGUGUUGGUUAGAAUGCCAAUGCAGGUGAUGGGAAUAUUACAAUACCAUUUACACUAAUGUAAGAUUCUUUUGAUGUUGUUCAUGUCUUUGCCAUC